GCACCGCUCGCGGCCGCCGCCGCCCGCCAUGGCCGACAUGCCGGACCUCUCGCACCUCACGCCCGAGGAGCGCGCCAUCAUCGAGGGCGUCAUGAUGCGCCAGCGACAAGAGGAGCAACGCGAACAUGAGAUCAUGAGGCGAAAGCAAGACGAAGUUGCAGUCUUAGAACAAUCAAUACGCACGAGGAAUGAAAUGCAGCGGGCAGCCGGCGUCGAACUAGCAGCCACCUGCCACAUUUGUCUCAAGACAAAGUUUGCCGACGGUGUCGGACACUCCUGCCACUACUGUCGAGUGAGGUGUUGCGCCAGGUGUGGCGGAAAAGUCACACUACGCUCUAACAAGGUUAUAUGGGUGUGCAUUUUAUGUCGCAAAAAACAAGAACUGCUGUCGAAAACUGGGCAGUGGAUACAUAAAAGUGCCGGACAAGACUCCAUGCUAUGGAGAAUGGAGGCAGAUAUGCGAGGCCUUCCGCCUCAAGCCGACGCUUCGUUAGAUAAAAGACCUAAAUUAGAGCGAGCCCACAGCGCUGCUGAAAAAGAAAAUCUUCCUCUGCAGAGAACGGGCAGCGCUCUGCGCAGGCAAUACAGUCAACAAGAGCCACGAUGUUAUGGGGAACUAGAGGGUUUGGCUCGAACCCAUCCGCAUUUAGUUCACCCCAGACAGAAAGCCGCAUAUGGGGUAGAGGAUGUACCACCACCGACUGCGCAGCUGAUGCCUCAUCCAGCAUCACACCCUCCACUUCCACCUCGAUCGUCGUCCUCAGACGAUGAGGUAGCAGAGUGUAUUUCCGACGAGAACGAUGAAUAUCGUGACCGAGGACAACUUGAGGCACUCCGGCACCCGCACCUGCGCAGCGCCAGUGUAGCUGUCAACAAUUAUUACAAUUUAACUAAUCAUUCACCGGCCGCUUACGAGGCAGAGGCGCGCGGUCCAUUUGAAGCAGCGAGGGCAGCGCCUACCGGUGGCCGCAGCUUUGACUCUGUGACCGACUGUCGGUGGCGGGCUCGCGACGACGGUGAGGGCGCGUACCUGCGCCCGUACGCUCCGGACGAGGGCCCGCGCCCUGAUCGAGCUGUCUAUAAGAGUGCCUAUUUGUGGGAAGACUCCUCUGAUAACAGACGAUUUACGGAGAGGAGAAAAAAAACUGUCCGUUUCGAUGGACACGAGGGCGCAGCGACGUUCCCGCGGGGCGGACGGGAUGCGUCGGCGGCGCCGCAUGAUUGGGCUUCCCUCCGCUGGGAGUCUGAACGCCAGACCAGUCAAGACUCCGCUACUAAAGACUCGGGCAUCGAUACCUCUAGCACCUUCACGUCUAGUGAAGACUCAAAUAGAGGCGAUUGCCCUAAGUUCCCACAGAGUUGGCAAGUGUCGGCGGACGGUACUCGGAUGUGUGGUCACAUGGUGCUGCGCAAGAGUGUAGUGGAGGGCAGUACACAUUCCUCUGCUGCUAUUCUUGGACUAAAAGUUGUAGGAGGAAAAUUAUUGCCUGAUGGUACACGAGGUGCAAUUGUAGAAAAAGUUAAAAAGGGCUCUAUAGCCGAUUUAGAAGGACAAUUAAGAAUAGGAGAUGAAGUUUUGCAAUGGAAUGGAGUAGCCCUUCAGGGCAGAAGCUCAGAUGAAGUGGCAGCUAUAGUUGCGGAUAGUAAACACGAUUCUCAUGUGGAAUUGGUAGUGUCUCGACCUAUAACCGCCACGAGGACACCUGCACAGCCUUGGCGAACUCAUAAAGGUCGAUUGGGUUGUGCAGAAGUAUAUACAGAGGUUAUGGGUGGGUGUGAAAAACCCAGUGUUCUUGUAACGUCACCCGGCUCGCCUGAUGUUCACGCUCGUCGUCGACCGGCGAGACAUAAUCACCAUAACGCCAACGUCGCCGGCCGAAUACAGCUGAAAAUAUACUUCGACAUCAGCGCUCUACAACUAUUAGUAACUGUAGUAUCUGCAAGUGGCCUAAGUCCUCGACCCGAUGGCACCACAAGAUGUCCAUACGCGAAGAUUUUUCUUUUACCCGAUAAAAGUGAAAAAAGUAAACGUAGAACCAAAACAUUGGCAAACACUUUAGAACCACGGUGGAAUCAAACUUUUGUUUACUGUGGUAUACGAAUUACUGACAUCAAGAAGAGAACAUUAGAGGUGACAGUAUGGGAUUUAAAUCGCUACGGUCCAAAUGAUUUUCUUGGUGAAGUUCUACUCGAUCUUGAUAAUGUUGUGAUGAAUCACGAACCCAAUUGGUACAAUCUUAGACCACACGAGGAAACUGCUAAUUUUAGUAGAUACCGUGAAGAGGAGGCGGAUGGAGAACACCUUUCGCCGCCAUCAACCUCCACGUCUCGGCUCUCAGACUCCGACACACCCAGUGAGUGUGACUUGCGGCGUCACCACUCGCUCUCUAGUCUCGCGUCCAGCUCCAGUCCACCGCCUCCACAUGAGCGAAUGGAUAUGGACAACACACGUAGUAGUAGACGUGACAUGUCCCCCGCGGGAAGAAUACGUGCCGCCGGUAUGACCAGAGAACGAAGCGGAGGAUACAGCGUAGCGCGGUCACAGUCUGCAGCGGGAGUGGCCCGACCGCAGCGCGCGCGCAGCAAGUCGCCGCGACGGUCGUUGUCGCCUCCCGCCGAUCGCAACGGCUGGCGUUACACAGUAGGUGAUGAACGAAGUGCUGGUGACGCGUCGCGACUGCCUACGCAUGCAUACGCGCCGCGGUUUCAGUCGCGUUCUGCCACUGCCACGCCCACUACCAGUCCAAAGAAACGACAACUACCACAAAUACCUCACCAGAAUGCACAGCGAGCAGUACGGGCGCAAGUCUCCGCAGACCUCGAGGAACGUAAGUGGAUCGCCCCGCAUCACAUUGGCGCCACACUUACCUACCGCAGCACGCCACAAGGUUGGGAGCGACAUUACGCUGGCUUAUCAGAUUCCGAGUUGGCGGCGCGAGGAGGAGGCGGUUGGGCGCCACGCCGGAGACUGUCGCCCGACGCGACCGCUGCUGACUCAGACCUGGAAUCGGUAGCAUCUGUCACAUCCAGCGCAUUUAGCACGCAGUCAGAAAGACCCAGGCCCACUCGAAUGCUCAGUAAUGACUACGGUGGACGCGAGAAUGGCCGUGGUAAUAAUCAACACCAGCCAAUAGAGCGUCGUGAAUCCAGACGUGGACAAUUCACACGUAGCCUUAGCAACGCUGAUGUACCCCCCGACGAAAAAGCAGACGGCAGCCUCAGUGACACAGCUAUCGGCGGUGCCAGUGAAAUGGAGCCAUCUGCGGACGAUGUGCUACUAAAAGCAGAGCCGCGAGAUUAUUUCGGAACUGGAAUGGGAAAGAAGAGUAACUCUACCUCGCAGCUAUCGGCCACAGGACGGAAACGGAGGUUAGGUUUCGGUAAACGUGGAAAAAAUUCGUUUACGGUACAACGCAGCGAAGAAGUGGUGCCAGGCGAAAUGCGUGGAGUUGCGUCUGGAGUGUCGCGAGCCUCCUCCGCAUCCAGUGAAAACGAUGACGACAGGUGGUCGCCGGGUAUGCGCGCCUCGGGGUCGGACGGCGGAGGGCUGUCUGACUUCAUUGAUGGCCUAGGCCCGGGACAACUCGUCGGUAGACAGUUGCUAGGCGCGCCAACUUUGGGCGAUGUACAACUCUCCAUGUGCUACCAAAAAGGAUUCCUUGAAGUGGAAGUAAUACGAGCGCGAGGACUGCAAGCGCGACAAGGUUGCCGCACUCUACCCGCGCCUUACGUAAAAGUGUACCUCGUGAGCGGCAAACGGUGCGUCGCCAAGGCCAAGACGACCACUGCGCGACGCACGCUCGACCCUCUGUAUCAACAGACACUUACGUUCAGAGAGAACUUCAAGGGAUGUGUUUUACAAGUAACAGUGUGGGGCGACUAUGGUCGCAUUGAGGGCAAGAAAGUCUUCAUGGGUGUAGCCCAAAUAAUGCUCGAUGACCUUAACCUCUCCAAUAUCGUCAUUGGAUGGUAUAAGCUUUUCGGAACUACAAGCUUGUAACCGAGAAUCAACACUGUCCACGCGAGUAUUUGGAGAAGUUACAUCAUCACAAUAAAAAUUAAAACAUGUCCAAGUAAUACAUUUAGUGAUACUGCUUUAAAUAUCAUGAUAAAACGCAAAAUAUCUUGAAUAUAGGAAAAUUUUCUAUAAAACGAAUGGUAUUAUAAUAAGUUGUAUUUUUAUUUUCUU